AUGUCCCCUGCAUUGUCAAUGAGUGUGUUGAAUCGUGGAGAUCAUGUUCGACUCAUUCAUGGUAGUUCGCAAAUUGUCGGCAGUAAGAAGGGCUGUCGACGAAUUGAAGCUGUUAGAGUUUACUGUAGGGGUGCUACUGCUGUUGUUGUUAAUGUAGCUGUUGAUGGUGGUGGUGUUGCUCCAACUUGUGUCUCACGUGCUACAACUGGUAUUUGUGUGGCCUCCGUCACAAUGCAAAUAAAUGCUGAGUUGCGAAUGCUGACUACGGACAUCGGAAUCAUUGGGGACAUGGCAGUGAGUCAGGUUGAACAAGAGCCCUUUUUUCAGGCUAGGGCAACUUUGCGGAUAUCUCCCUCACCUUCUCCCUCUUUCGCUUUACCUCUCACCGGUUCGCCAUUUUUCUGCCUCUCAGCCAACUCACCUGCCAUAGGAAAGUACUCCACUGCUGUGAAGCCGGUUCCGUUUAGUUGUGAUACUGUUGCUGUUUCUACAGUAACUCGUGCUGGAGAUGUUACAGCUGGUACCUAUAUGGCUUUGGUGAGGGUGCGAAAGGAGGUGGAUCUCUUGGUGGUGCUGGUGCUAGCGCAACCACAAUUGGCUGGUAGUUUGCAGCUUGCCCCUCAUACUCUAGUCGCAGUUUUUACUGGACCAUCUCUCGCUGACUGUCAGGCGAUCUGCCUACUAGUGGGAACUGGGGGACCAUUGCAAGACGUCAACACUCUGAACGCCGUCGUUGUCAUUGCGACAGAGACUGAUGUUCACAUCAAAGCUGAUCUCAUUUACUAG